UUGACGUGCGACAUGUUACAUCACUCUGUUCCCGUGCACGCAGACAGUCACGCGUAACAGCUCUCAACCGGCAGGAACAAGUAGCUUCAAUCCAGCUAGCAGCAGAAAACUUCCCAACCAAGAUGACUGCCAUGGAAUACGAAGACAAUGAAUCCAAGUUUAUCAGAAAAGUUAAAGAGAAUCCAUUUGUCCCUGCAGGGAUGGCUGGGUUCUUUGCCAUUGUGGCAUACAGACUGUUCAAACUGAAGAGCAGAGGAGACACGAAGAUGUCAGUCCACCUGAUUCACAUGCGUGUCGCUGCGCAGGGCUUUGUGGUGGGAGCGAUGACUUUAGGAGUGGUCUAUUCCAUGUACAGAGAGUACAUUCUCAAACCACAUGAAGCGCAGAAAGCAUUAGAGCAGAAGGCUUUGGAAAAAAAGUGAAAAGAAAUGUGUUCGAUUCCUGCAAUAUCCUUAAUACCUCACGUUAAGGUGUCCCUUUGUAUUUAUUGCUAACAUAUUUUAGGACCUUUUUUUUUUUUUUUUAAUAAUUUCUUUAAACUGUUUCCUUUUUAAACUUUAAUAAACCUCAGAAGAAGAGGUUAGUGUUUUCAUUAUGUUGCCUGGCAUGUUUGAGAAACGUUGUACAGUAUGUGUGACAGAACUGUAGCUAUUGCUGCCAACUAUUAUUUAUUUAUCAUAUCAGUAACAAAAUUAUAAAAAAAAUUGGAUAAUAUUUGGAUUAGUGGAUUAGUAUCAUUUCUGCUAAAUGCUGCUGCGCUUAUGUCAAUGUUAUGCUCUUGUUUCGGGAAAAGGGUGUGGCAUUAAAACCUUUGUUCCUUGAAAUUCAGGAUUCAUUCUUGUAUCUAAGUCAGUAGCCUAAAGAAAUGGCAGCACAACAACCAUAAUGAACCAUCAUCUGACAUUUUUCCAACAAUAUGGGGACUUCACCACUGCUAAAUUUUUAACGGUACUAGUUCUUUGCAGAUGUAGUGCUGUUGGUCCAAACAGGAUAUUCAGGAGUUGAAGCAACUCUCUUAUUUUUGCUCUGUCAUUUUCAAGUGUGUAUGUGUCAUGAGGAAUGAGAGGGGCUUGUUCUUUUGUAGAUUAAUUGAUUGAUUGUGUUGCUGUGUGUGGUAAUUAUUGCACCUUUUUCAUAUUUCAAAGCAAAGUUACAAAAUUAUACUUUUAGAGUGAUAUAUAUUUUAGGAUCUCAGCUACCACUGUUUAUCUUUGCCAAUAAAAACUGUUGUAAUUCCAAUAAACAUCUGUUUAUUUCA